AGAAAAAAAAAAAAUCUCGACAGAGGCCGGAGCUAGGUUCCAUGCAGCAAAAUUUCCGCCGGGCAAUCUUUUGAAAAAAAGUCGAUCCUGUUCUCCCACUUUCAGGUCGCUCCGAACCACUCGCGCAAACUUCGUGGAGAGAUUUGAAUCACCCUCUCAUUCAUCCUUUCAUCUUCUCCGCACGGCUUGUCGCAGAGCGCACGCCCAUUUCCCUUUUCCCUUUUGUGAUCGGCGCCACAACCGCAAAUAUGUCUCUUCUCCCCGCCGCUCUCUACGGCCUGAAGGUCCCGCCUGGCGAGAUCGUCGUCGCUGCCGCCGGUGACUUCCCUGCGACGAUCCGCAUCACCAUGGCGGCUAUCGACCCUACCGAGGAGCCUGAGGCGGACGAGGACGGCAAGGUUCCCCGCAUUCCUCGUUCGACCCUCAAGAUCCUCAAGGAGGCUGUUGGCGACGACUACGAUGAGGACGACUCCUACCUGGAGGAGCUUCUGGCCAAUGCCGACGAGGACGACUCGGACGAUGAUUCCGAAAAGGAGGAGGAGGCCAACGGCGGCCCCUCGGACCCCGCCAAGUCCAAGAAGGCGCGCAAGGAGGCCGCCAUCAAGCAGCUGAUCGCCGCCGCCCAGGCCGAGUCCGACUCUGACGAGGACAUGGCCGACGGCGAGGCGAACGGCAAGUCCAAGAAGGGUAAGGAGCCUGCCACUGAUGAGGAUGACUCAGAUGAUGACGACUCGGAGCUUGGCGCCGACCUGGAGGACCACGUUCUUUGCACGCUGGAUGUUGAGAGGAACUUCCAACAACCCCUUGACAUUGUUAUUGGCGAACAUGAGAAGUGCUACUUCGUCGUGAGCGGUACCCACUCAGUUCACCUGACUGGUAACUACGUCAUGCCUCCGGAUGACGACGAGGAUGACGAGGACAGUGAGGAUGAUGAUUAUGACCUGCCGCCCGACAUGGACGAGCUGCUUGGUGACGAUGGGGAUAUCUCCAGCGACGAUCUUGAUGAGAUCGACCAGGCCGAGCGCGUCAAGGAGAUCGACACGGAUGAGGAGGAGGCCCCCAAGCUCGUCAAGGUCAAGGACACCAAGAAGGGCAAGAAGCGCCCGGCCGAGGACGAGGCCGAGACCCUCGACGACCUCAUUGCCAAGGAUGCUGUCAAGGCCGACGCCGAGGUGAAGCUGAGCAAGAAGCAGCUGAAGAAGCUCAAGAACAACAAGGGCGAGGCUGUUGGAGCCGAGGAGAAGGCCAAGGACACCACGCCUGCCAAGGGCGACAAGAAGGUCCAGUUCGCAAAGAACCUUGAGCAGGGCCCUACCGGCUCAGCCGAGAAGGCCAAGCCCAACGGAAAGGCCACCAUCGGUGUCAAGGUUGUUCAGGGCGUCACCAUUGACGACCGCAAGCUUGGCCAGGGCAGGACUGCCAAGUCUGGUGACAAGGUUGGCAUGAGGUACAUUGGCAAGCUUCAGAACGGCAAGCAGUUUGAUGCGAACAAGAAGGGCCCGCCAUUUACCUUCAAGCUGGGCAAGGGCGAGGUCAUCAAGGGUUGGGAUAUUGGUGUUGCCGGCAUGGCGGUCGGCGGAGAGCGUCGUCUGACCAUCCCGGCGUCGCUUGCCUACGGCAGCUCUGAUGUCCCCGGAAUCCCCGGAAACAGCACGCUCAUUUUCGACGUCAAGCUCGUGGAGAUCAAGUAAACAGCCAUGUCGUUCUCUGCCAUCUUAGUUGGGCUUCCCUGGCUCACCCGAUAAUAUCUCGCCUCCGGUCUGUUCGGACGGUUGUUCGACGCCCGAGGCAGCCUCUUCCCCUGAAACAUUCUCUUGCUCGACGAUGCAAGUUUCUUUUCCGACCUGCACCCGGUCUGCGAGGAUCCAAGCCGAGCCCGGCCUGCGGUAGCAGAUCUGUAUGAGGGAUGACGAUUAUUAACGUUGCAUUUGUCUGGCGUUAUAAAAGUCUUGGUGGAUUUCCGAGGAACUCGUACCAUUUCCUGAAUUUCCUUGAUUCGUUUUCUUUGCUGUUAGAUAAUUCCAGGGUCAAUGUACGCUUUUGAGGUGGGAUAGCUCCAGCAUGCACUGCGGCUACUCUAU